AUGGCGAGGAAAUCCGAGAAAAAUCAAUACUUCACUUUCGAACGUGAUGGUAAAACACUAGAACAGUCAGAAUUGGCCAACGUGUUGAACAGCUUUACACAUCAAUUAAUAAAUUACAUCCCAGCACUUGAUAUUACAACACUACCUGUAUUCUUUCCAGCUGAUGAACCCGCUCCAAUAGUCGAACUGCAUGAAGUAUGCAUGAAACUGCUGGCAAUUAAACCAUUUAAAGCCAGCGGUCCAAACAAUGUCCCUUGACGGAUUUUGAAGGAGUUAUGAACUCGCCGUGCCGUCUCACCAUAGCUGUCUGUUAUCGUUUGAUGUUGAACAAGAAUCCAAUAUUAUAUAUAAUCGGUGAUAUAGUUGCACUUUUCGACUCCAUAAUAUUGGCAGUGAUUCUUUUUAGGGCGCUUUAUACAAUUAAAACUAAAGGAAAUUGUAUUAUUGAAGGAAAAAAAUGACGUGUACUGAUGCCUAAUAUUUUUGAACCUCAGAAUUGAAAAGUGAAACAAUAUUGUAAAUCAUGUUUCGCUCGCUACUCUGGUUUAAAUAAAUGAUGUCUGUGUGUGUGGGUUUCAAUGUACACAGAACUGUCGAAGGGAAGUUAGAGACUGAUGUUUAUCGCAAACCCACACACACAGACAAAUACUUGUCAUACGACUCUCAUCACCCAGUAAGCCAUAAAAGAUCCGUAGCAAAAACUUUGCUUCAAAGAGCUGAAUCGUUGCCGUCAAACAGUGAUUCUCAAGCUAAUGAACGUGAAUAUGUUCUAAAUGUUUUAGGGGAAAACAAUUACCCAAAGCGUUUUCUUAAUGAUUGCCUGAGACCACCUGUUUGUAGGAACCAAAAUAACUCCGAGGGUGAUACCUCUGUUAAGGGUUUUGCAAUAGUUCCAUACAUUCAAGGUGUCACAGAACCAAUCAAGAGAAUCUUAAGUAAUUGUAAUAUUAAGGUUGCCUUAAAACCCUAUUUGACCUUAGGCCAUAUUUUCGCAAAGCCAAAAGAUCCUGUUGAAAAAAAUCAGAAGACUCAUGCUAUAUAUUCUAUACCAUGCGGUGACUGCGAUAAAGAGUAUUUGGGUCAGUCUAAACGCCAGUUUGGUACACGGCUAAAAGAACAUCAAAAGGCUGUUUCAACUUUAGACAAGGGAAAAUCAGCUUUAGCCGAACAUGUAUGUUACACCAAACACGAGAUUGCGUGGGAAAACUCUAAAGUAAUUACCACAAACAAUCGCUAUGGUCAAAGACUUUGCCUAGAAGCGUGGCAUAUAAAUAUGAGUCACCAUGCUUUGAAUAGGGAUGACGGCGCCUAUUUGCCAGAAGAAUAUAUGCAUCUUCUUGGCAGGUGACGUCAUCCCUUGGGUAUUUAAGAAGCCACGAUCGCAGUUUUAGAUCACCCCUGAUGAAGACACUAGACUGGAGUGUCGAAACGUUGGGUCUUGAUUACAAUUCGACUGGGCUUUGUAAUCAUUUAUUUAAACCAGAGUAGCGAGCGAAACAUGAUUGAUAUACCUGGUUGCAGUGAACGAACAAACUUUAUAAAUAUUGUAAAUAUUGAAUUGGCCUUUCCAAAAACAUCUUAUAUUUUUUGUUCCAACUUGUAUGUUUUCUGUGAAUUACUAGAACUUUUGUUUUGUUUCGUGUUAUUGUAGUAAUUGUCUAGACAUGUCUACAACUAUAACCAAAACCUAAAUUAACAUGAUAUUUUUGUACUUUUCACUAGAUAGCGAAUGUUUAUCCUGACAAACCAUUUCAUGUUUCGCGCACAAGAAAAAAAGAAUUGGACAAUAUUGAAUCACUGUUCUCUGCCAUGACUGAUGAUGAUGAAGAUGUUGUUAGAACUGUUUUUCUGACAGGUCAACCUGGAUCUGGGAAAACAGAGUUAGCUCGACAAUAUGGUGACCAGUUUAUAAAGGCGACAUCUUCCGAUGAUACCUCAAAACCUUUGGUGAUUACAUUGAAUGCCAACUCAGAAGAAUCUCUGUUGGAAUCAGUGAAAGAAGCUACGCGAAAAUUACCACUGCCAGUGCGUAUGGAGCUUCCAAUAAAAAAUCUUGAAGAACUGAUGAAAAACCUGAGAGAUUAUUUCCGUAAUUACAGUGGUGCUUGGCUUCUUAUCAUUGAUGACAUGUUCGAAAAGAAUGACUUCAAUAAAUUAUUUCCACGACCUGGUGGCAAGGAAUGGGGUGGUGGUCAGGUCCUGGUCACAACACAAGAUAAUAAUCUCGUACCUGCUUGCCAUCCGUUUGCAAAGAAAUUGUCCUUGAACGAGGGAAUGACUAAAGAAGAUGCUCUUGCAUUGCUGAAGGAGAUCAGUGAUGUUGAAGUUGAUGAUUUUGCUGAAGAAAUUAUUAAAGAGUUGCAGCGUUUUCCUCUUGCUUUGGCGUGUUGUGCAAUAUAUGUUGGAGAAACAAGACAAGAUCGUCCUUCAACACAGUUCAGAUGGAAAGAGUAUCUAGACCUUUAUCGUCAAAAUGCCAAACUUGAAUCCCGAACAUUUUCCAAAAACAAUGUUUAUCGUUUUCCCAUGACGACUGCUAUUACGAUGGCUGUGAAGCGAAUGGCAGAAACAAGUGAUGUUCUACGACUGACAUUUUCGUUUCUUUCAUAUUGUGCAUUGCUUCCAGUUCCUUUGAAUGUACUAGCACACCACGUCAAAGAAAAUCUACCAGUCCAGAGUGAUAAACAGCCAAAAACAAAGGAAGAAAUUGGAAACGAGAUUUCAAGGUGCACAUUACUCGUUCACGGACGGUUACAGAACGUUGAAACAAUAAAAUGCCAUCAGUUCAUUCACAAUGCUUUUCAAAGUGCGGAAAACACGAAACCUGUUGAACAGCGGAAAACUGAAUUUGUUAAAAUGAUGAGAUCUCUGACAUUAAAUUUCACGGACAAUACAUAUGAAGAAGACGUACUUCUUAAAGUUCUUGUUUGGUCACACGUGAAAUCGUUUGUUGAUUAUGCCAAUGAUAUGUCCUGGAAUGAUACAGCGGAAUUUGUCCUGAUUUCCAUGAAAAAAGAUCAGUUCCUUUUUUCAACGGCCGACAUAUCUGAUGAAGGGGCUAUCAAGAGUCUGGAAUUGCUGUAUGAUAUUUCUUUAAACCUUGACUUAUCCAAGGAGAGACGUUGUGAUAUAUUGGCCAAUCUUGGCUUCUAUUAUCUAGAACUAGACCGUCAUCAAGAUGCUUUGAAUUUUUUACAUGAAGCUUAUUCCAUGACGGAAGAUAAAAUUGAAGAAGAAUGGUUGUUGUUAAGAUGUCGUGUCUCAUUCUAUUUGGCCCGGACAUAUCACAGCAUGGACAGUGUUGGUCCUGCCGUAGAAAUGAUGAAGACGUCGAUUAACUUGGCCAAGAAAGUCUAUAUCAAGGAAGAAGACAAAAUUAUGGAAAGAUUUUUUUUGCUUGCUAUGUUUUACCAAGGUACGUGGAGUAAAUUUUGGAAAUUAGAGGGAGUUCUCAAGCAAGCAACAGAGUUUCUUGAAAAUUGCACGCCAGGUCCUGAGAAUUUAAGCAGAGCACGUUGUUUAGCCAACCUGUCGUAUGUAUAUGCCUUCUAUGGCAAUACCUUUUUGAAUCAACCGAGUCGCAGGAUGUUUCUGAAGUGCGCAAAUCUCCUGUCAAGCAAAUCUCUGAACAUUUUUGAACAAGUAUUAGGUGAAUACGUCUCCUUCUAUCCAGAAUACUACAACUUGCUUGCUCAGUCUGCGAUACGUAAUUUAGAAGAAUGCCCAGCUGAAGCAAGAACACAACUUGACAAAGCUCUUGAAUGCUGCAUUCAAAAUGGUGACGAGUAUACCUAUGGCUGGAUGGCUGUCUAUAGGAAAUAUCUGUUUGAUAAUUCUAGUUGGUGGCAGUCAUUAUUUUACUGGAUUCGAGACAUAACAAGGGGACAUGUAUUAUACGGCUCGCUAAUCAACAGUUGUGACGAUUUCUUGAAGGAGCGUAGCAGUAAAAAAAUACUGUAUCGCCGAGUAGUAAACACGAUCAAGAGAGAAAAGAGGUCUAUGGUUUUUGUCAACUAUCAUCUUUUAAUCUUCUUAUCGUUUGUUGUAAUAUUUAUAAGUAUAUACUUUUGCUACAUUUGCUGACAUGCAACACUCGGAUCUUUCGCUUUUGAUUCCAUCAUCGAUGCGCUAGAAAAUUUGUCUUCCUCCAGCGGUCUUAACUUGAACGAACUCAUUGAGUUACGAAUUUAAUUUAAUUACGAAUAAGCUGAACAGUAUUUUGAAGUAGACCGUUGUAGAACUUGGAGAACUCUUUGUAGUAAGUGUAGUUCGUUGCAAGUAACUGUUUAUCAUAAAUGUCCAAGCAUGUGGCAAUUAGUUAAAUAUUGCUUCAAUAUUGUAACUUUUGUGUAUUCUAGUAUGCAAAUGAUUGUGAAUACUGUAAAGUGCAUGACGAUCACUUACCAGUGGCUCUUACUGGUGUGACCACAGCUGAAGUUGUCCACCAGCACACGUAA